AUGGCUCAGAGUAAUGCUGAAGUCAUAUCAUCGAUGGAACGCCAGUAUGCUGAACAAAAGGCGAAGUUUGAGAAAUGGAAGCUUGACAAUAGUCGACAAGUGGGUACUGAGUCCUACAACAAAUACGUCCAACAAUUUUUACAAUGGGAGAAGGAAGUGUUUGAAAAGAAGGCAAGAGUUGCUGCUCUUGUUCAGUCUGACUCAUCUAGUACCAUUGCUGGCCCAGCCAAUGUCGACUCUAUAUUAGGACAACUACUUGAUGACGUGCUUCCGAUGGAAUUUCUAAUGGCUUUAGUAACUGUUCACAUGAAGGAUAAUACAUUUCUCCCGUGUGUCAUAGAGAAUUUUAGGAAAGCACAGAGCGGUGAACUAACGGAUCAACCAAAACUUCUGGUCCCUACGCAACACUUUCUUCCUUCUGUUGCCUCUUCUACUACGCAGUACUAUCAACCUAUCGCUGCAGUACAGCACAACACAAUGUCACUUCAUCCCACUGUUCCUGCUUCUGUUGUAGCUUGGCCGACCGCUGCAGUCUCUACUACAGUCCCGGUUGGUCCCAAGUACAGACCACCUUCACCCGUCCGUGAUUACAAGAAUCCAAUCGCAAACAUGCCUUUCAGGGAUUUCAGUCAGUGA